AGCAGCAGCAGCAGCAGCAAAAGCAUCAGCGUCUUUCCCCAAAAGGGAACGAGGAAAAAAGCCGCAUGCAGCAGGAGCACGAUGGCUUUCUCUGCAUUGUGAGGGAUUAAGCUUCACGGUUGCAUUCAGCCUUUUAGGAUUUAAGACAAAAGCUCUUGGCACUUGGAGUCUCACAAUAGACGGCAGCAGCUCCAGAUGAGUGUACCUGCUGCAGCGGCUCAGAACUCAGGCAGCAACAGCAACGGUGACAUGCAGUCGGCUGCGGUGGCUCCCUCCUUCAUCGCCGGCGUGUCGGGGAAGAUACCGGGCAGGAAGAGGGGGAGGCCCCCGCUCCGCAAGAUGGAUUUCCCUAACCACUACCCCGACUCGCUCCCUCCCCUCAAAGUGCCAAAGAAGAGGGGGAGAAAGCCGGGCUUCAAGCUCAAACCGAGGAUGGUGAUGACCCCGCUGGCCAUCUCUCCCCCGAGCAGCACCCCGGAGCCGGACAUGAGCUCCAUCCCUCAGGAUGCCGCCACCAUCCCCCACUCAGCCACACCCCAGGUGCUCACAGUCUGUAUCUACAUCAACAAGCAGGCCAACACCGGGCCCAACCUGGACAGGAAGAAGAUCCAGCAGCUGCCGGACCACUUCGGCCCUGACCGGCCGUCCGUGGUGCUGCAGCAAGCCGUGCAGGGCUGCAUCGACAGCGCCUUCCAGCAGAAAACCGUCUUCACCCUCCUCACGCAAGGCUACGGGGGAGAGAAAAUAUCAGCCACGUUUGACGGGAAGCAGCAUCUCCUCAGCCUGCCGGUGGUGAACAGCAUCGACUACGUGCUUCGUUUCCUCAAGAAGCUCUGCCGGAGCUUGCACUGUGAAAACCUCUUCAGCGACCAGCCCAUCAGCCAGCGCAGCGGCGGGUCCUACCACUCAGACGCUGAAGCGUCCAUGACGGAGGACUACCACGUAGAGCAGUCGGACGGCAAGCGCUACUCCGUCGACCCCGGCGACUCUGCUUUCAACUCCGUCAGCUCGCCCUACUCGCCAAAGUCUUCGUACGGGUUUCGUUCCUCGCAGCAGUUCUCCAACGGCUCGGCCUCCAUGAGCAUGUGCAGGCAGCCGGCAACGAGCCCCAACACGUUUCCAGAAGGGAACAGGACAGGAGGCUACAAUGCAUCUCCAGAGUCCCAGGAGUCCAAGGCUCCACCCAACAAGGACCCGACCACGUGGUCUGUGGAAGACGUCGUCUGGUUCAUCAGGGACGCAGAUCCCCAGGCUCUCGGUCCUCACGCAGACGUCUUUAGGAAACACGAGAUAGAUGGAAACGCCUUGUUACUCCUAAAGAGCGACAUGAUCAUGAAGUACCUCGGACUGAAGCUCGGGCCGGCGUUGAAGCUUUGCUACCACAUCGACAAACUAAAGCAGACAAAGUUCUGAGGGCUAUCUCACAGUUGUGGUCCAGAGGGAACAUUCAAGAGGGGUCGCAUCCCAAGAUCCCAGGUCUGUGAUCCAAUGGGAAGGGAGUCUUUACCGUCAUGAGGUGCGUCAUUGAACAUAGGUUCCCCAGAGCCAAGAUCCAGCGCCUCCUUUUAUCCCCCAACAGAAUAAAAGCAAAUAGGUUACCACCUCCGAGCUGUAAAUUUCAACGUAAUCCAGUAAUAAUCUUAAAAUAUAACUACGAAACAUCUUCUGUCUUUCAUUAAUAUGUCUGUAAUAAUAACUUUGUGAAAUCUGAUGAAGAACAAUAUAUACAAAGGAAAUAAUAACUAACAAAACACAGGUGUGUGACGGCCAUCAAACGACGAACCAGGUGUGAAUCUGAAAUAAAACAGGAAGUAAAGCCAACCACGGUGCAGAUGAAUAAAGUUACAGCCCUGAAACCAAGGAAAGUGCUGACUAAAGAUAAUACAUCUAAACAUCAUACUACACCCUCAUUAGUGGCAACAUCAUCUGGUGCGUUUCAAGGUGCAGUUGCACCUACAGGCUUUAGUCCACUUAAAACGAACUCGAGUUCUCGUUCCCUCAAGUUCGUUUCGUCUGGUGUGAACGCCGUAAUCUCACUCAGGUUUGGACCAAACCAAUCAGAGAAACCCCUAAAAUAGGUGGUAUCCCUAAAUAUAGCCUAGUGGCAAACUCUGGAGCAGUAUUCCUGGCUAUAAUGCGCGCCCAACAAAAACCUGACCGGCCAAGCAACGUAAAGAGUCAUCGGCCACGGUUACAUGUUUUUUAAUUCGGAAUUAAACUUUUUUCCCUUCAAGUUUACAGGGAAAUAGUAAUUCCGAAUUGAGGAAAACACGUUUGACCGGCUUUAUCCAAUUCCGCUUAAGGUCUGGGGGUUGGGAAGGUUCUGAUUGGAUAGGGGGGCGGACCGGAAGUUAUGUCUACCGGAAGAAAAACAAACUUAGCCGCUACAACUUUGAAAAGCUCACAAUUGUUAUGUUUCCCGUUUCCAUCUGUUCUUUUAAUUAUUUCCAGGUCCUCCAAGCUAUUUAUUAAAUAAAUGUUCUCUGCUCUUCACCACCGUUUACUGCGUGCAGCCAUCUUGAAAAUUUGUUUGGAAAACAAGCCCAGCGCGGAAUAUAAGCGUCAUGGAGACAGACGGGGGAGGGAACGAGCAGCGCAGAAGGACCGGAAUUAAUUUAAAGCGGAACGAGUGUACCGGUAAACAUGAUCGCGGAAUUAUUCUAUUCGGAUUUAAAAUCGGAAUAAACCAGCCACUUACUUCGGAAUUAAGUUUAAUUCGGAAUGACCAUUUUCAUUCGGAAUUAGGUGUUUACAUGGUAAUUUUUACUCAUUUUAAAUUGGAUUUAACUUUAUUUCUGAAUUAAAGAGGAAUUAAACUUCCCAUGUAAACGCACUCAGUAUGACGACAAUGAAUCUACAGUGUACGUAGGUUCGCCCUGUUACACAAGACAAGCGAUACGCGAUACGUACGUUUAUAGGCUUUAUAAGAAUAAUCUGUGACAUCACUCAGGUUUUGAGAAGAGUUGGAUUAAAGUCUUGUUUUCAGGCCUCUGGACUGUGGAUUAUUGGCAAUGGCUCCAACGAGCCCCAAUUCAUCCAAAUUGGACCAGUGGGCAGAACGAAGCUAAGCUAUGGUGCUAACUUAAAUAACUUUCUGUAUUCAGAUUUUUCUUGAAAAUUAAGUCCAAAACGGAUUCAAAUCAUCUGUAAAGUUGAUGAAUCGUGUGAAACUCCCUGAUAAAGCCGAUAAAGCUGCGGAGGCCGAGGAGGCUACUGCCCCUCAGACUUGGAGAACUUCUCCUCCCAUUGGCUCACAGACCAGAAGUAACUGUUUCAACCAUCUUAAUAACGAUUUCCAUGAUGUCAUGUAUUGAUAAUCAUACAUUUAUGAGCUUCUGUUUUUCUAAUUUGCUCUACUUUGGAAGUAACCAUUCAGCGACACCCAUGAGAUUAUUCAUACACCCAUCAUGCACUUCACCCUCCGUGUUGUGACAAAUGCGCCCAUCUGAUCUUUUUAACUUCACUCAACAAUGGUGCGUUAAAUACUACACUGAUUCUGAUCGAGAGGUUCAGAAAAUCAUUUUGAUACUAUUUUUUCACAUUACUGUGUAACAAAAAAAAAAAGUAAUGUUACCAUUGAAUUUGUCCUUCUUUUUUUAAUAUAAUUUUCAUAUUAAAAACCGUAAAACAAAACACUAGUGCACAUAAACAGACUGAAGACUUCUUGUAAAAGUUGGUAUAUACUGAAGAUGAAAGCUUUGUGAACGUGUUAUAUUUAUAACGGUAAUUGUAUCGAGGGGAGUGAAGCUUUGGUCUUAAAUCAUACGAGUGAUUUUUUUACAUCAGAAAUAUGAUCUCAGAUCAAAACUGCACAACACAAACUUCAAUUACCAUAUUAUUUUAUCCAUUUUGAAAUUACACAACAAAAACUAGUCAAAAAAAGAUAUUUCUAUUUAUUAUUUUAUCAUUUAUUUAUUUGUAUUUUUUUUUUUUUUAACUUUAUUUUAUUCUUCUUCUAUCAGUCAUACACUCUUUUGACUCCGGUUUGUAUGAAUCUUUACUCCCAACUGGAGAAAUAUCUCCAAAUUCUUCCCAAACUUCACAGAAAACUGCCUGAAUGUAACUCAUCUGCCUCAAAGCAGCUUCAAUUACCAUAUUAUUUUAUCCAUUUUGAAAUUACGCAACAAAACCUGGUCAAAAAAAGACUGUUUUAUUACAUUUUUUAAAUGUAUUUAUUUAAAUACAUUUUUUAUUUUUAACAUUUGAUUUUAAUUGUAAUUUUAUUUUUCUUUUAUCAGUCAUACACUUUUUUGACUCUGGUCUGUACGAAUCUUUAUGCCCAACUGGAGAAAUCUCUCCAAAUUCUUCCCCAAAAGUGACGGAAAAACUGCCUGAAUGUAACUCAUCUGCAUCAAGCAGGUAGUAACUAGUUAAUUCGUCUAUUUUGGCUGAGAAAAUAACAUUUUGCUUGUAAUUGAAGGAUGCAUCUUGGAGAUUGAUUUGGAGUUUGAUUUGAUUUGGGGGAGAAAGAAGUCCCUGCUGUGAGCAAUUUCAAAAUGGAUGUAAUAAAUGUUUUAAUAUGCAGAAUUGUCACAUGACAGUUAUCUCUUUUCAAUGUUUUUUCUUAUACCUGUAUUUGUAUUUUUUUUUUUUAUCAAGCAACAGUGUUGAUACUGAAGUUGUCGAAACACAUAAAACACCUUAAUUCUACUCUGAGAAAAACUUUAAAAGUCAUGUAAAUGGGAAUAUUAUAUAAUAUUGCUUUUGCAUACCACUUGUGAUGCACAGUAUGCAUCCUUUUUUUAAUCAGUUAACCUUUGUAGGUGAAUGCUGCUGUAAAGAUAUUACACGUAAGCCAUGCCUAGUGAGAUCAAACCGAGGUUUUAUUUUGAAAAUCACUAUGAAUAAGAGUUUUAGAGGAAGCCGAGUGGAUCCGUGCUCUAUGCUGGUGCUAAACCUUAUCGACGUAUUUACCUGUUUGCUUUUGUGUUUGUGAGAACUAAAGGUGAUCUUAUAUGUAUGCUGUACUGUAUGUGAGCAUUAAAUUAAGAAAUCAAGUAACCGGA